UACAGGACCUUAUUUAUAUAGCUAAGCUAGCACGUAUUAAAUUUCAGAAAAGAAGAAUGAGUCGUCAAACGAUGAUGAGAGUAAAUUUUGGAAGCUACAACCCCGUCGUGGUGGUGGUGGUGGUGGUGGUGUUAUUAGCGACGAUGACGGUGGUGGAUGGUUAUGACAACUACAACGGUCAAAGUUCAUACACGCCGUCAUCCUCCUACACGCCCUCGUCACCAUGGCAAUCAGCCCAUGCUACGUUUUACGGAGAUGAAACUGCCUCUGAGACCAUGGGGGGAGCUUGUGGGUACGGGUCCGAUAGUGGGUAUGGGUUCGAAACAACAGCACUUAGCACGGUGAUGUUUAACAAUGGGAAAGCUUGUGGUAGUUGUUAUGAGAUAAUGUGUGUCGACUCAAAAUGGUGUUAUAAUAAUGUGCCUUCUAUUAAGAUCACUGUCACAAACCUCUGCCCUCCGAACUGGGAGCAGUCCGCCGAUGCAGGCGGGUGGUGCAACCCGCCUCGCUCCCAUUUUGACUUGUCUAAGCCCAUAUUCAUGAAGAUCGCUGAUUGGACGGCUGGUAUUGUCCCCGUCAACUAUAGAAGGGUGUCGUGUGCGAGGACAGGAGGGAUUAGAUUUAAAUUUGAAGGGAAUCCAGACUGGUUAUUGGUAUCUGUGUUGAACGUGGGCGGAAACGGAGAUGUAUCCGAAAUGUGGGUAAAAGGUACUGAAACUGAUUGGAUUAGUAUGAGUCGGAAUUGGGGAGCUUCUUUCCAAGCAUUCUCCAAGUUAGGAGGGCAAUGUCUCUCUUUCAAGCUCCAAAAUGAAGAUGGGAAUGUUGUUGUUGCUUACAAUGUUGCACCAGUUGAUUGGUGUACUGGCCAAACUUACCAAUCCGAUACCAAUUUUAAUUGAGUAACGAACGAAGUAUAAAAGUACGUACAUGAUUUAGGACCAUCACGUUAUCUACAAGAGGUAGUUCAAGUAAUCCUAGACAAUUGUACACUUGUGAAGAUAUAUAGAGUUGCAACAUUUAUUACUGGUCAAACUUACCAAUCCGAGACCAAUUUUAAUUAACGAAUGAAAAUAUAAAAAUACUACGUACAUGAUUCAUGAUUUAGGAUCAUCACAUUAUCUAUGGGAGGUAAUCAUAGCUAGUACUCCUAGACAAUUAUUGUACACUUGUGAAGAUAUAUAGAGU